CGUGCCGUGUGUUGUGAGAAGGGGAGAUGGCCGCUAUAGCAGAGCCUACAGAUAGUGAUGCGUAUGCGUUGUUGGCGUUGCGGAGUGCUCCUGCAAGUCCAGCAAGAAUGAGGUGGGACAAUAACGAGCAAGAACCAGCUAUUGCUAAGCUUGAGUGGCGAGAUAUGGAGUAUUGGGUGCGCCGGAAACGGGUCACCAUCGGCCGCAACAGUUCAAAAGGAGAGGUGGAUGUUGACAUGGGACAUUCAAGUUUUAUAUCCCGCGUCCAUCUCGAAAUGAUAUUUGAGAAUCCGUACUUCUAUCUGAAGUGUAAUGGCAAGAAUGGAGUGUUUGUGGAUGGUGGUUUUCAGCGCAAAGCCGCUCCCCCGCUGAGGCUCCCCAGACACUGCGUGAUCCGUUUUCCAAGCACCAGUUUGCGACUUAUGUUUUCUUCACUAGUUGAGGAUGAGGUGUCAAGCAGCAAGCCAUUCCACCAACUUCGCAUCAACAUACCAGAGAUUGAAGCCAACAACUUUGCUAGUCCAUUGCCAUCACCCACUGCAACUAUCAGCGCCGCCAACAGCUGCCCGACGAGUCCCCGCGGCGGCGCCGGCCGCCGGCCGGGCCUGGCCGCCUCGCUGGUGCAGGCCGCCUACGAGGCGGUGCAGACGGACUGGCAGCGCCAGCAUCAGCGCCAGCAGCAGCAGCCGCCGCUGGCCGCCCGCGACCGACAGGAGAUCACGCUGCACUACCAGCAGGAGGAGCCGCUGCUGCACCACAGCUACAGCAACGGCGCCGGCGGCGGCGAGCCGGCGGAGAGCAAGCCGCCGUACUCGUACGCCCAGCUGAUCGUGCAGGCGGUCUCCUCGGCGACCGACAAGCAGCUGACACUCAGCGGCAUCUACGCCUUCAUCACCAAGAACUAUCCCUACUACCGCACGGCCGACAAGGGCUGGCAGAACUCGAUCCGGCACAACCUGUCGCUGAAUCGCUACUUCGUCAAGGUGCCGCGUAGCCAGGAGGAGCCGGGCAAGGGCAGCUUCUGGCGCAUCGACCCCGCCUCCGAGGCCAAGCUGGUGGAGCAGGCGUUCCGCCGGCGGCGGCAGCGCGGCGUGCCCUGCUUCCGCACGCCCGUCGCCGGCUUCUCCUCCAAGUCGGCGCCGGCCUCGCCCACCCACCUGUCGUCCGGCCUGGCCACGCCCGAGAGCCUGUCGCGCGAGCCGUCGCCGGCGCGCGACACGCCGCCGCCGGCGCCGGCCGCGCCCAGCCAGUCGGCGCCCGGCUCGCCGCACCACUACUCCAGCUACGGCCAGGGUCUGACGACGUACGCCGGCCCGACGGUGAUCGUCAGCUCAGGCGGCGGCGG